CUUUUUAUUGUUUUUUCCCCACAUUUCAUUUGCAGUUCCACGGUUCCACCAAAGCAUUCCAUCUUCCUUCACUCUCUUUCCCCAUUCUCCAAUUUGUUAUUAUUAUUAAUGAUUUUGUUUUUGUUGUUGAAGAUCUAAUUUUUAUUUAACAAAUUCUUUAAACAAAAUUUAAAUAAUGGCGAGGAUUAGAUCGUCUUCAUCUUCGAGUAAAUUCAGAUACUGUAACCCCUCAUAUUACUUGAAAAGACCAAAGCGUUUGGCUUUGCUUUUGAUUCUAUUUGUUUCUGCUUCUUCUUUCGUUUGGGAUCGUCAAACUCUCGUAAGAGAACACGAGUUUGAAGUGUCCAAGUUGAAUGAUGAAGUGCGUCGAUUACAAAAUAUGCUAGAGGAAUUUACAAAUAGGGUGCCAGCAAAUGUUCCCAUAGAAAUGCAAAGGAGAGAAAAAGUGAAGGAAGCCAUGAUUCAUGCCUGGAGUGCAUAUGAAAAGUAUGCAUGGGGCAAUGAUGAACUUCUGCCUCAGACUCAGAGUGGUGAGAAUAGCUUUGGUGGUCUUGGAGCAACAAUAAUAGACUCUCUUGAUACAUUACUUAUUAUGGGUCUAGAUGAGCAGUUCCAGAAAGCAAGAGAGUGGGUUGCAAACACAUUGGAUUUUAAUAAAACCUAUGAUGCCAGUGUUUUUGAGACAACCAUAAGAGUUGUAGGUGGACUUCUGAGCACAUAUGAUCUUUCAGGCGACAAUAUUUUCCUUGAAAAGGCUAGAGAUAUUGCAGAUAGAUUGCUACCUGCAUGGGAUACUCCUUCUGGGAUCCCGUAUAACAUUAUCGACUUGGCUCAUGGAAAUGCACAUAACCCUGGCUGGACUGGGGGUGAUAGUAUUCUUGCAGAUUCAGGGACAGAGCAACUGGAGUUUAUUGCUCUUUCACAAAGAACAGGAGAUCCCAAGUAUCAGGAGAAGGUGGAGAAAGCUAUUGUUGCGCUUAAUAAAACUUUUCCUGCUGAUGGUUUGGUUCCCAUCUAUGUUAAUCCUAACGAUGGCACUGCUUACGGAACUAUAACCUUUGGUGCUAUGGGUGAUAGCUUCUAUGAAUAUCUGCUUAAAGCCUGGAUUCAAGGAAACAAAACAUCAUCUGUAAAACCUUAUAGAGAUAUGUGGGAGACAUCAAUGAAAGGUCUGGUUAGCUUAAUUAGAAGAUCGUCACCAUCUUCUUUUGCAUAUAUCUGUGAGAAAACACGGGAGACAUUGACAGACAAGAUGGAUGAAUUAGCAUGCUUUGCUCCUGGAAUGCUGGCUUUAGGAUCAUCUGGUUAUGGUAAAGUUGAGGCAAAAAAAAUCCUUUCCCUGGCUGAAGAGCUUGCUUGGACUUGUUACAAUUUCUAUCAGUCCACACAUACAAAAUUAUCUGGAGAGAAUUAUCUCUUCAAUCCCGGACGUGACAUGAGCGUUGGUACAACCUGGAACAUAUUGAGACCAGAGACGGUUGAAUCACUCUUUUACCUAUGGCGUUUAACCGGUAAUGUGACCUAUCAAGAGUGGGGUUGGAAUAUAUUUCAGGCAUUUGAAAAGAACUGCCGGAUAGAAUCUGGAUAUGUUGGGCUGACGGAUGUUAACCUGGCUUUGAAAGACAACAAGAUGCAAACCUUUUUUCUUGCAGAGACGCUGAAAUAUCUUUAUCUUCUAUUCUCACCCCCUACUGUCAUCCCGUUGGAUGAAUGGGUAUUCAACACGGAAGCACACCCUUUACGGAUCGUUAACCGCAACGACAAUAUUGCUGGCUCGGAAAGGCAACAUAAACCAACUGUUGGAUUACAAGGCAGGAAGACAGGUCGGUUUGGAGGUAAUUAGGAUUCAUUUGCAGUUCAUUUAUUUAUUUACUUUUGUCAGACAACAAAAAUCCGUUGUCAUUCAGUGGUUAGGAUAUCUGGUUUCUAUUUAUUGUUUUCGGCCGAAGGAACUCGUAUGAUUUGAGGCCUCAAACAUAUGACAGGCUUAGGAUUUUUGUAGUUUCUGGAAAUAGAUAGAAGAGUUUCUCUGGUUUCCGUUGGAGAAACGUUGGUCUCGAACUAUAUCCUGAAGUAAACUGCUGUGAUCAAAUGUUCAUAUGGCUUGUAAAGCUUCAAAAAUAGUUUCUGCAGGCUUUUUUGCUCA